GACUUGCACAUUUUGGCAGGCAUAUUUCAUCUAAGACAUAAAGGAAGAGACUUAUGUGGAAGUCACCUCAUCUCUCAUUGGCUUGUGACUGUAUCUUACUCAUCAUAUAAACCCAAGAUACAGUCCCAUACGAGGGCACAGAAGAUACGAGAAACCCCACAGAGACACAGCCCAAAAUUACAUCAUGCCAAACUACAAACUCAUUUACUUUAAUAUGAGGGGGAGAGCAGAAAUUAUUCGGUACAUAUUUGCAUAUUUGGACAUAAAGUAUGAAGACCACAGACUAGAACAAGCUGAUUGGCCUGAAAUCAAAUCAACUCUUCCAUUUGGCAAAAUUCCCAUUUUGGAAGUCGAUGGACUUAACCUUCACCAGAGCCUAGCAAUCGCAAGAUAUUUGACCAGAAACACAGAUUUGGCUGGAAAAACAGACUUGGAACAAUGUCAAGUUGAUGCAAUCGUGGACACGUUGGACGAUUUCAUGUCAUGUUUUCCUUGGGCAGAGAAAAAACAAGAUGUAAAAGAUCAGAUGUUUAAGGAGCUACUUACAUGUGAUGCACCUCAUCUUCUGCAAGAUUUGGACACAUAUUUAGGGGAAAAAGAGUGGUUUAUUGGUAACUCUGCUGGUGACAUUACGCAGGAAAGUCCAAAGCAUUCCUGCCAUAGCUGACUGGAUACAGCAAAGGCCGCAAACCAAACUCUAGGUGAUGCCUGCUGACUCCAACUUCAUUAUUCUUCACAGCAUCACUCCCAAAAGAUGAUAAGCUACAUCAACGUGCCACAUAAUCUACACACUUCCCUCCCCAGUUCCAUCAAGGUUUUGACUUUUGCAUAUUCUACUUAUAAAAACAAAAUAAAAAAGGAAGAGGAAACCAAGACUUUUGUUUCUGGCACCUUUUUUUUCAGAAUAGCUUCAAGUCAUUUAUAACUGAGGAAAAAUAGUUUACAAUACGGGCAGGCCUUGCUUUGUGCUGCUCUGACAUGCAUGCAUCUCAGUCACAAUGGUUUAGUUGCAUAACACAUUUUCUCCCCCAAAUGGUUUGUACUUCAGUUAGUAUAGCAUAACUGUGACUAACACAUAAAGUAUAAAUUUUGCUUCUAGCUCUUCAGUCCACAAAUCACUAUGUAAAUAACAGAUGUAUAUCACAACCAAUCACGUCACUUCUUUCAGAGUUUGGUAGUCUUGGUCACUGCACAUCUGUCAUUCACACACAGUCAGCAAAGUGUGUAGUUAAACUGCUUGCUUCUCAGUGAAAAACCCACUUGACACUUUACAAAAGUGGAUAAUUGAAAAAGGGAACUCAUCAACAAAGGUGAAAAUACAAUAUAGGAAUGAAAAGGGAUGAUGCUGGAGUGAAAUUCAAAUUGAACGUAAGCGUAAAGAGCUGGCUGUAAGAAUGCUGACACUACUGCAGUUCAAGAGGCCCUAGAUAUGCAGCCAGAAGUACCUGGUGAGGCAAACUUACUGCCAUAAGUGAGGAAUGUGGUUGUGACAAAGGUGAAGAUAUCCCAGAGGAAGUGACACUGGCAAAACAAACAAACAAAAACAACAAAAACCCAAAAACUGAACAUUAAAAGAACAGAGAUCAAAAGAAUAAGAAGACAAGCCACAGGUGGGAAGAAAGUAUCUGCAAAAGGACUGUAAUCCAAAUAUCCACGACAAAGAAUAACCUGAUUAUUAAAUGGACAAAAAAUCUGGACAGACAACUCACCAAACAUAUACAGAUGGCAAAUAAAUAUAUAAAAAGAUGCUCAACAUCAUGUUACAAGGGAACUGCAAAUAAGAACAAUGAGAUACCAUACAUACCUAUUACAAUGGCAAAAAUUCAAAAUAUAACACCAAAUGCUGACGAGGAUGUGGAGCAACGGGAACUUUUAUUCAUUGCUGACAGGAAUGCAAACUAGCACAUAUACCUUGCAAGAGUCUGUUAGUUUCUUACAAAACUAAACACUCUUACCAUAUACUCCAGCAAUCACACUCUGGUAUUUACCCAAAGGAACUGAAAAUUUAUGUCCACACAAAAACCUGCACAUGGAUGUUUGUGGCAGCCUUAUCGGUAACUGCCAAAACUUAGAAGCAACCAAAAUAUCCUUCAGCAGGUUACUGGAUAAGUAAAUUGUGGUAUAUCCAAACAAGAGAAUAGUAGUCAGUACUAAAAAGAAAUGAGUUAUCAAGCCAUGAAAAGACAUGGAGGGAACUUGAAUGAAUAUUACCAAGUGAAAGAAGCCAAUAUGAAAAGGCUGCAUGAUUUCAGCUAUAUUAACAUUCUGGUAAACGCAAAACUACAGAAACAGUAAAAAGAUCAGUGGCUGCCAGGGGCUUAGGGGAAGUGAUGAAUAGGUAUUGAGAAAUUUUAGUGCAAUAAAACCAUUCUGUAUGAUACUGUAAUGGAUUCAUUUGUCAAACCCAUAAAAUGUGCAACACCAAGAGUGAACCCUAAUGUAAACUAUGGAUUUCGAUGAUUGACAAUGUGGGUUCACUGAUCAUAUCAAAUGUGCCAUUCUGUGUGCAAUGCUGAUAGUGGGGGAAGCUGUAUCUCUGCACGGGGGCAGGGGUACAUGGGAACUCUGUACUUUGUGCUGAAUUUGCUGUGAACCUAAAACUCCUCUAAAAAGUAAAGUCUACUUAAAAAGAAAAAGAACAGAGAUAUUUCACAACAUUAAAAGAGUAAUAAAAUGUUGGAAGCUGAUCCAAAUUUAGGAUUAUGACAUUUGUUAAGAUAUGAAAAAAAAAGGCUAACUUGCUAGUUUUACAACAAGAAGGUACUGUUCAAACUACUUUUGAUUAAUUUUUUACAAAAAUGAUAUCUCUUCAAUGUUUCUAAUAUUUCACAGUGUACUGAGUAUUGGUUUUUACUACUUUGUUCAUUUACUUACACAUUUAUAACUGACAUUUUAUAUGUGCUGAUUAAAUUUUAAAGGUCACUGAACAAUCAUUUUCCCCAAUGAUUAUUAUUAUUUUGCACAAUUUCAACUUGCAGUCAUUUUUACAGUCCUGGUCUACUGUGGAAAGCAAGAACUGCUUGUAUAAACAAGUCAUUUGAACAGGAAUAAUAUUUAGUUAGAUUACCCUCAACCUAUUUUAAAACAUAAUUACAUUGGAACAUCAAAUUUUAGUUCAGUUUAUGUUAAUAUUACUAAUAUUGAACUGUCUAAUCUUAGUAUGUCAUAUCAGGAAACAGAUUAAUAAAAUAGAUGAUCUUCUACAUGAAAUGCAGAGCAGAAGGAGAAUGUAGUUGAGAAGCCAAAAAUGGGGAGAGAGUGUGGGAGAGGAGAAAGGAAAGAAAAAGGAAAGUCCAUUUAAGUAUGAUCUUGUUUAAGGUGUUUUAGUUCCUCCCAACAAUGCUCUAUGAAAUUUGGAAAAAAAUGUUAAAUACCUUAUACAUUAUUAAGGAUUACACACAAAAACAAAAUGUAUUUCCCAAGUACCUUACUUCUUUGGAUUAAUUUUCUUAUCAUUAAUGGCUGUUAAUAAAUGUUGAUCAGUUGUAAGCGACUCUCACUGCAAAGUACUCAAUCUGUCAUCAAGACAACUAAAGAAAAAAUUACCUUUCACAAAAUAAAUUCAAAUAAUACGCUAGAUAAUGAGGUAGAAACAUUUCUUCCCUCUUAUGCAUGUUCUUUUUCCUC